GAUAUGGCUCAGAUGCUGCAGAUGGCGAUUCCCAACUUUGGCAACAAUGUCUUGGAGUGUCUUAAUGAGCAGAGGCUUCAGGGACUGUACUGUGAUGUGUCAGUUGUGGUGAAGGGACACACAUUUAAAGCCCACCGGGCAGUGCUGGCUGCCAGCAGCUCUUAUUUUCGAGAUUUGUUCAACUCUGGAAGCAAGAGCUCUGUGGUGGAAUUACCGCCAGCGGUUCAACCUCAGAGCUUCCAGCAGAUCCUUUCCUUCUGCUACACCGGUCGACUUAGCAUGAACUUGGGUGAUCAGUUUCUCCUAAUGUACACAGCAGGAUUCCUGCAGAUUCAGCAGAUUAUGGAAAAAGGUACAGAGUUCUUCCUAAAGGUCAGCUCGCCAAGUUGUGACUCGCAAGGUCUUCACACAGAAGAUGCACCACCCUCAGAACCCCAAAGUCCUGUUACUCAAACUGGGACUGCCUCUUUAGGUAUGGGUGCGACAACAGCAGCUCGACCUGCAUCCUGCCUAACACCUCUUCCAUUGGUUUCAAGAGUUAAGACGGAGCAGCAACCACAGGCCCACCAGCCACUUCAAGAAGCAUCAUCGUAUUCAGUAGUUUGCACUCCAGUUGCUAAGCGCCUUUGGGAAGGAGGCAACCGUGAAGGAGGUGGAGGAUCAGGAGGAAGUGGAGGUGGAGGUGUGAGAAAAGCAGCACGUUAUUCGCAGGAAGUGGUACGAAGUGUGGGCGGGGCACAGCCUCAAAACGUCGCUUUAUUGGGCGGAAGUGGCACAACUAAUAGCAACAACAACAACAACAACAACAGCAGCACGCCGGAGGGCACCAGCCCAGGAACUCCCAGCAUGUACACCAGUGACUCGCCAAUCUCUUACCAUGAUGAUGAUGAAGAAGAGGAAAUCCCAGAUGAAACAACAGAAGAACAGUACAGACAGAUCUGUAAUAUGUACACUAUGUACAGCAUGUUGAAUGUAGGGGCAACUGCUAACGAACGAGUGGAAUCACUACCAGACCACCUCACCGUUGAAUCAAGAGGAAGAGGAGUUCGAGUGAGGCAAGAUCUGGCUUCUCUUCCCACCGAGCUCAUUGCACAGAUCGGAAACCGCUGUCAUCCUAAACUGUAUGAAGAAGGUGACCCUGCUGAGAAACUGGAGCUAGUAACAGGCACCAGUGUUUUUAUUUCACGUGCUCAGCUGAUGAACUGCCACGUUAGUGCGGGCACACGCCACAAAGUGUUGCUCCGGCGGCUCCUCGCUGCCUUUUUUGACCGAAGCACUCUUGCAAACAGCUGUGGAACAGGCAUUCGUUCCUCCACAAACGACCCCAACCGCAAGCCUCUCGACAGCCGGGUUCUUCACGCCGUUAAGUUUUACUGCCAGAACUUUGCUCCCAGUUUCAAAGAGAGCGAAAUGAACGCAAUCGCUGCAGACAUGUGCACGAACGCACGGCGCGUGGUCCGCAAGAGUUGGAUUCCCAAACUGAAGCUUCUGAUGGCAGAAAGCGAUGCUUACGCCAACUUUCUUUCAGACGCCGCCAAGCUGGAGUCUGACGGCUUGGGAGUGGAGAAUGCUUUUGAUACGGGAUCCCUGGAAGGUGGUCCAGCCUCUGAAUCAGGCCAGUCAUCUACAGAUGCCCUGCAUGGCGUUAGUGGGGAUGGUAGCAGCUUGUUUUAGUGAGUAACACUAACCAUGGUUCAGUUAUUCUUUCACUUCUCCACUCCUCGAGUGCAUCCCAGUCUCACCUUGGCCGUUGUUGUCAUCAGGGAGUCGCCAAGUUUAUCUUUAUGAAGACCGUUGUUGAGUUUGAUUUCCAGUAAGCUGGUAGCUUUUAUGUUUUGAUUGUACCUUUGAAGGCCCUCCUCUUCAUACUGCAGAAACACAUUCCUGAAGAGAAGGGACCUCUGGGAACAUUUGGGGGUGAACCCAAGGGGAAAUGGUGUCUGGAAGCGUCUAUUCAGUCUACAAACACUGUCAUGAUUCUGAAUGUAUCUUUUUAUGGAGAAUCCAGAAAGUGAAAAUUGCUGGACGUAAGAUUGUAUUCAUCUGUUAAUAUUUAAUAGCUGUGUAUUUGCUUCCUGGACUCCAUUUCCUCUUUUAAACACCCUUUAAUGUUUUGUUUUUCUUUCUUUAAAAUGUUUUUAUUUGAACAGCAUUUGUAAUUUUUGGCCAAACUGUUCCUUCAUUUGUCUUGCCAAGUAUCCCGAGAGAGGAUGUUUGUCAUUGAUUGUUCUGAAUUUGUAUGAGGCAGAUGAAUCUGUUUUGCUAUAUCUGAAACUACUGUCGUGUUUUGAUAGAGAGAGAGAAAGAGCGAGAAAGAGAGAGAGAGAGAGAGAGAGAGAGAGAGAGUCUGAAGAUUCUCACCCUUUGAAUCAAUGAAUUUGAAAUAGCUAUCCACGUGUUUUUGCGUUAGCGAAAUCCAAAAUUAUUUCAGCUGUUUUAUUUUGGUAUAUUACCAAAGCUUAAAAUU